UCAGAUUAGGGUUUCUCUUUUCUUUCUACUUCUACUAUUUGUCUCGCAUUUGUGAUUUACAAGUCUUGCAGCAACUACCUACUACUAAGAGCGCAUAGCCGAUAAAAGUUCCAUCACAUCUACUUCUCCUUGAGCGACUAAAGAUGGUGAGAAUCAGUGUGUUAAAUGAUGCUUUAAAGAGUAUGUACAAUGCCGAGAAGCGAGGAAAGAGGCAAGUCAUGAUUAGACCUUCUUCUAAGGUCAUCAUCAAGUUCCUCAUGGUUAUGCAGAAACACGGUUAUAUUGGAGAAUUUGAGUACGUUGAUGAUCAUAGAUCUGGCAAGAUUGUGGUUGAAUUGAAUGGGCGUUUGAACAAAUGUGGGGUUAUUAGUCCUCGUUUUGAUGUUGGUGUUAAGGAAAUUGAGCCUUGGACUGCUAGGUUGCUUCCUUCUAGACAGUUUGGAUAUAUUGUGCUAACAACAUCUGCUGGAAUUAUGGACCAUGAGGAGGCCAGGAGAAAGAAUGUUGGUGGUAAAGUGCUCGGUUUCUUUUAUUGAAAUGCCUGUUCAAGUGCCUUGGUAGAUCGAGUUUUGUUCGCAGAAAAUUGAAUAUUGUCAGUUCUGUUUGAGGAUGAGGGGAUCCACAAGGAAAAACAAAAAACAUCAUUUUAAUGUUGCCUAGUUUUGAAUUAGUAUUUUUGAAGUUGUUGAAAUAUUCUGUUGUUAUACACCAGUGUGCUACUCAGUAAAAUUUUAUCAAUUCGAUACUUUGUUCUUAUUGUUUGCUAUC